AUGUCUCUGUUCCAACCGUCCUCCUUCCUCAUUCCCUCCCUCCCUCCCUGCCUCUCUGACUCCUCGCCACCAUCCGCCCUGCCACCCUACCUUUCUUCCUCAUUUCCUCCAGUUCUCCCUACCUUCCUCCCGUUCUUCCUUCUCAUCUCCCCUGUUCUCCCAUCUCGUCUCCCCCCGUUCUCCCCUCUCAUUUUCCACCGUGCUUCUUUCUCAUCUCCUCUCUUUCUCCUGUGUCAUCCCCUCACGUGCUCCCUAACUCAUUUCCUCUCUUGCUCCCUUCUCAUCUCCUCAUGCUCUCUCGUCUCAUCUCCUUACGCUCUCCCUCCCUUCUCAUCUCCUCAUGCUCUCUCGUCUCAUCUCCUCACGCUCUCCCUCCCUUCUCAUCUCCUCAUGCUCCCCUUCUCAUCUCCUCACGCUCUCCCUCCCUUCUCAUCUCCUCAUGCUCCCCUUCUCAUCUCCUCACGCUCUCCCUCCCUUCUCAUCUCCUCAUGCUCCCCUUCUCAUCUCCUCACGCUCUCCCUCCCUUCUCAUCUCCUCAUGCUCCUCUUCUCAUCUCCUCACGCUCUCCCUCCCUUCUCAUCUCCUCAUGCUCCCCGUCUCGUUUCCUCAAGCUCUCUCGUCUCAUGGCAUGAGAUGAACAUGCUGCAGAGAGCAACGGAGAUGGGGGAGGCAUUAGUGCUGCCAAUCACGGUUCGCCAGCUGGAGGCUAUUCUCAGCAGUGGCCACGGAGGAGCACGUCACCGAGGCGCUUCAUCUCUUCCACCUCGCGACACUAGACGCUGCCCGGUCGGGCGUGGUGGACGGCGCAGUGCUGACAGAGGAGCAGCGGCGCGAGGUGCAGCAGGUGGAGGGCGCUGUGCGGUGCUGCGUGGCCAUCGGGGGGGCUCGUGUGGGAACGGAGAGGCGGCUGCUGGAUGA